AUGGAGAAGAGCAAUCACACAGUCACAGAGUUCAUCCUGCUGGGCUUCUCAACAGACCCCGUGAUGCAGUUGGUCCUGUUUGUGCUCUUCCUGGGCGUGUACUCUAUGACCCUCCUGGGAAAUACCACCCUCAUAACGCUGAUCUGCAAUGACUCCCGGCUGCACACACCCAUGUAUUUUUUCAUUGGCAACCUGUCCUUCCUGGACCUCUGGUAUUCCUCUGUCUACACCCCAAAGAUCCUAGUGACCUGCAUCUCUGAGGACAAAAGCAUCUCUUUUGCUGGCUGUUUAUGUCAGUUCUUCUUCUCUGCUGGGCUGGCCUACAGCGAGUGUUACCUGUUGGCGGCCAUGGCUUAUGACCGCUACAUGGCUAUUUCCAAUCCCCUCCUUUAUGCUCAGGCCAUGUCUAGUAUGUUGUGCAUCAGUCUGGUUAUAUAUUCCUACAUUGGAGGUUUUGUGAAUGCAAUUAUUCUCACGAGCAAUACAUUCACAUUGGAUUUUUGUGGUGGCAAUGUCAUUGAUGACUUUUUCUGCGAUGUCCCACCCCUGAUCAAGUUGGCAUGUGAUGUGAAAGAGAGCUACCAGGCUGUGCUAUACUUCCUCCUGACUUCCAAUGUCAUUGUUCCCACUGUGCUUAUCCUGGCUUCUUACCUCUUCAUCAUUGCUGCCAUCUUGAGGAUUCGCUCUACCCAGGGCCGCCUCAAAGCCUUCUCCACCUGCUCCUCCCACAUCAUCUCUGUCACCUUGUACUAUGGCUCCAUCCUCUACAUCUACUCUCGCCCAAGUUCCAGCUAUUCCCUUGAGAGAGACAAAAUGGUUUCUACAUUUUAUACAGUGUUAUUCCCAAUGUUAAAUCCCAUGAUCUACAGUUUCAGAAAUAAAGACGUGAAAGAGGCACUGAAAAAACUCUUCAGGUUCACACAAUCUGAAGGGUAA